UAAAAACUAUCGAUAGGCCUCGCACAACAAAAAUAACUCAAAAUGCAACCACUAAGUUUCUACCACAAUGCAAUUAAAUACAAUUGUGAAAUUGCUAUUCAUUUCAAAUAUAAGGGGAAUUUCUGUCCGAAGAGGUGACCCCAGUUGCUUCCCUUGCACAUUGAGAAGAUAAACCCCAAGAGCCAUGUCUACAUUUGGCGCUGAAGUGGAUCAGGUUUGGCCAGCGGUCACCGGGGAUUCCCGGCCUCUGACGGAUUUUGGACGCAAAUUGCUGAAGGAUUGCCGGCAGGUGAAGAAACCGGUCGGCGGAGACAAUAACUUGGGCCAUGUGAUGAAGAACUCCGAGGACUUUCCGCUGGAGUUCGGCGUGAACAGUGUCAAAGUGUGUCGGCAAUCUCCCUUGCGGAUUAGCCGGAUGAACGAGGAGGUGGCGUCGGCCUAUCCAGUGAUACAUGAACGGACAUUGAGCCUCUACCUGCAAUACUUGGAACACAAGUGUCGCUGGGGCAAUGCGGUGGAAAAGCCCAUCUACCGGAAUUUAUCGCUCUGCGGACUUGUGCAUCGCCUGCUGGAAAAGCGCUGCGCCAGCUUCUUUGCACGGAACGACAAGUUUCUGCUGCUGAGCGGAGAGACCGGGGCCAGUGGCUUCGAAGCUGUGGGUACUCGGGAGGAGAAGGCGCCCCUGGUGCUGGCCGACGUGCUCAGCUACGACGAUAUCAAGCUCUCCGCGCUGCUUUCCGUGAGCUCCCACACGGAGUUUGUCAACGAGGGCGAGCGAACCAACUGCGGUCGCGUUGAUCUGGACACCAAAACUUUGGAGCGCACCGGGGUUAUAGUGGGCAUGAUUGGAGCCCGUCUGUCGCGGCGUAAUCUAAUGGAGUUUCAGGACAUAGUCAUCGCACGUCAGCAGAAUACGCGCGAAAGGGGAUACGGAAUGGCGUUGGAUGAGCCGGCUGAAACGCGGGAAGAGGACUAUCGACGAUUGUGGCGCGAGUUCUAUGACACGAGGGAUCUCAUCCACGGCCAGGCAGUCAUCGACAAUCAGCGGUUUGGACCAUCAAGAAACAAGCAAGACGUCUUCGAUAAUCUGGUGAUGAAGCGGCGCUACGCCAUCAGCUUCGACAUGCUGCUGCUGGAGGCACAGGCACGAGCUGAACGCGUGGAAAAGCUGGCGUACAUCCAUGUGGUGGGCUUCGGUUUGGGCGUGUGGAAGGCAGCAGCGCAGCAGGAGCGCAUCUUCAUGGAGACCUUUGAGCAGCGCAUGCGCACGCUGGGCAACAGGCUCAAUCACGUGGGCCUCGUGCAUUUCUCCUGGUUUUCGAUCACCGACUGCGGCGGUCUACGCAACGGAUCGCUGGUAGAGAUUCCCGGUCAUCCUAAGGACGGCAUCAGGAUUCUCAUAUCCAAGCGCAAUCCAGCACGAAAGCUAACUGAUCCUGAGCACGUCGGAAUGCUGCUGGUGGUCUCCUACGCUUGGGAUGGAAACGCUCUGCCGGGUAACGAAUUCUGGAUGAAAAUGCUGAAGUCCACAGGGGACUCCUCGACGGCCUGCUCCACGUUGGUGGCCGAGCUGCACAAUCCGUACAUCAACACGAAAUUCUGCAAUGGGAGCAACCUGCACAUCGCUUCUCCGGAGCACGGGGUGCUCCACAUAGCCGAAUAUGCCAAGCGGGUGAUUCGGAGCGAGAGUGACGGCUAAUGAGAUACGUGAAUCUGUCCGCUAUCUAAUCUUAUCUAAUCGCUUACUCGUAGCUACUGUUUUAUUCCACAUUUGCUGUAGGUCAAUUCCAUGACCUUUUCACGCAAGCAUGACGAUUCCACGGGAAAAAAAGGAUUUUAUAUUGCAAUAGUUAAGCUCACAAAGAACAAACCUCUUAAAUCAAUUGUAAAAAGCCAUGAAA